UAUAUUUACAUUUAUGUUGAGAUAACGUUGUACAGCAGUCUUUAUCAUGCACCAGAGUUUGUCAGGUGUAGUCAGGUAACAGAAUUCGCUAAAAGGAUGCAAAUCAAAGCCUAAAACAAGAGUGUAAUGCCAUUGAAGGUUUGAUUACAACACGAACAAUCUUGGAUAAAUAAUUUUAAUAAAUAUUCUCUGUUAUAUUUUUUUGCCUACGUGCUUGGAUAGUUUGCGAAAAAGAAUUUUAUUUUUGACCUUUUUGAAAAUGCAAACAAAUAUGAUGUUAUGAAAAUUUGAAGCUGUGUAUAAUUGUGCCAAGUUCGUGUGUUUGACGGUUCCUUGAAUUUUUUUUAUGAGAAUAUAAGUGAGAAUAAUACAAUUUUUAUACACACAAUGACUACAUUAAGCGGCUUUAUAGAAUUCUUCCAGAAAGGAAAGACAUUUAGACCGAAAAAGAAAUUUGCUCAUGGAACAUUACGUUAUUCUUUAUAUAAACAAGCUCAAGCUUCCCUUAGUUCUGGUAUCAAUUUAAGAGCUGUUGUAAAAUUACCACCUGGAGAAGAUUUAAAUGAUUGGAUUGCUGUUCAUGUUGUGGACUUUUUUAAUAGAAUAAAUCUUAUAUAUGGUACUGUAUCUGAGUAUUGUGAUUCAGCAUCAUGUCCAGCAAUGAGCGGUGGAGCACGUUUUGAAUAUUUGUGGGCAGAUGGUGAAAAAUAUAAAAAGCCAACAGCAUUACCAGCACCGCAAUAUGUUUCUCUUCUUAUGGAUUGGAUUGAAGCUCAAAUUAAUAAUGAAACAGUUUUUCCAGUAUCAACAGAUGUGCCCUUUCCUAAAACUUUUAUACCGUUAUGCAGAAAAAUCUUAACUCGUCUUUUUAGAGUUUUUGUCCAUGUAUAUAUCCAUCAUUUUGAUCGCAUUGUAGCAAUAGGAGCAGAAGCACAUGUGAAUACAUGUUACAAGCAUUUCUUUUAUUUUGUAACAGAGUUUGAUUUAAUUAAUCCUAAAGAGUUAGAACCAUUAGCUGAAAUGACUGCCAAAGUUUGUAAGGAUAGUGCUUCUCCUACUCAAAGCACAGUACCAUCAAACAAUCAAAGUAGAUAGUUAUUUUAUAUUCAUUCGUCUAAGAAAAACAAAACUGAUUAUACAAUUUACAGUAAAAUAGCAGAAUCUCCAAGCAUAUAUAUAAGUUUAUUUUACAUGGAGAUAGAAUAUAGCUUGACAUUUUUAUUUGAAUUAUACACCAUUUUUAUGAAAAUAAUUUACUUUAACAUUUUAAAGUCAUUAUGAGUCUUAUUAGAGUAAAUGAUGAUUUUCGUUAAUAAGAGCUAAUUCGGUAAUAGUUCAAAAUUGAUAUGUAUAUAUAAUUAUUAUAUUAUUAACAAUAUAUCACAUUUUAUUCAUCUU